GUACAUUCUACACAAAUUUUAUUGUUGGAUAUUAAUAUUAUAUUCUACGAACGCCGACUAGCUCAAUUUAAAUGUAAGGCUGCCAUGAAUCCAAGGCUUCUUCGAACAAUAUGGGAGGCUGUUUAGGUUUACAAAGAAAUCGCAGGGGAAGGAAUGCAUCCUCGGACAAUGGAUCUCGCCCGAGUUCUGGUACUAAUAGAAAAAAUCAUCCAUUAUGCCAUGAAACUAUCCGUUGGAAAUCUGAUGUUCCCUUAACUGAAGGUCAGUUGAGGAGCAAACGAGAUGAAUUUUGGGAUACAGCUCCAGCAUUUGAAGGACGUAAGGAAAUAUGGGAUGCUUUAAGAGCAGCUACUGCAGCUGCUGAAACGACUGAUUUUCAAUUGGCACAAGCUAUAUUAGAUGGUGCCAACAUUUCAGUUCCUAACGGAUUUCUAACUGAGUGCUAUGAUGAGUUAGGAACAAGAUAUCAAGUUCCAGUAUACUGUCUUUCCUAUCCUAUAAAUAUAGUGAAAGAAGGGAGUGGAAGAGAUUCUCCAGUUGAACAAACAGAAUCCUCAGAUGAAGGUUCUGAAAUCAUGUUAAAACUCCGUCUAUCAUCCAAUUGUCAAGAUAUAAAAAUGCCACUCAUGACAAGAGAUACAAUAGCACAAGCUAAAAAGAAAUUGCAAGCUAAACAAGGCAUUGAACCUUUACAUCAAAGAUGGUUUUUUGGUGGUAAGCUGUUGGGUGAUAAAUUACAUAUAGAUGAAGCAAGAAUUCUUCCAAGUUAUGUAAUUCAAGUAAUUAUUAAUCCUGAACCAACAAAUGAAAGCUGAAUUCUAAUUGCUAUCAUUUUGUAAUAGUUAAUCAUUUAUAAAUUUAUGCUUUUUCAAAUAGGAACAAAUAUUGAUAAUAUAUACAUUUUCACU